ACUGCUGGCUCUGCUUAUUUGUGCAAAAGCACGUUAGCGAGGUGGCGUAUUUAGAAACAUAAAGUAAUGGAUUUACCCUGCCCAGACUGGAUCAGGCACGCGGAACAGAUUUGGAGUCAGUUGGAUCCUGAGCAACAAAAAAAGUUAUCCGUCCUGUCCGACAUAGACGAAAUAUUUGUUUUUGGACAGUCACAGACAACGGUCGAGGAUGUCCAGGUCCUGUCCAGUAUCAGCAUCACCUACCCCGUGCAAAAGUGCGCUCAGAGUGCUGGGCGGUGUAGAGAGAGAGGCAACAGCAGUUUCAAAGCUAAAGACUACAUGGCAGCUUCGCUACACUACUCACAGGGUUUGUGCCACGCCCCGGAGGACUCUGAGCAGCUGGCACUGUGCUAUGCCAACCGAUCGGCUGCCCUGUUUCACCUCGCCUGCUACCAGGAGAGUCUGGAGGACAUCGAGCGAGCGCUGGCACACGGCUACCCCUCUCAGCUGCAGCCGAAGCUCCUCACCAGGAGAGAGCAGUGCCAGGCCCUCAUACAGGCACAGCCACAGCCUGGGCAGCAGCAGACGGGCACGGUGGCACCAACCAGCAUCGCAGCAGGAGUGAGUCUGCAUGUCAGCCCGGAGAAAGGGCGCCAUCUGGUGGCCACGAAGGGGAAGUGCGCUGGAGAGGUGCUGCUGGAGGACCAGGCCUUCAGUUGUGUGCUGAUCCCAGGAGAGGGGCUCAUGGGUGGGCCGGAGGGGAGGACCAAGAAGGGGACAGACAGGCCAGAAGGUUCAUUUGGCACGGAGGACCGCUGCUGCCACCGUUGCCUGUGCCCGACGCUGUGCCCAGUGCCCUGCCCAAGCUGUAGUUACACACGCUACUGUGGGCAGCGGUGCCAACAGCAGGCCUGGCAGGAGCACCAUCGCUGGGAGUGCCCCCUGGGGGCGGAGCUGAGAGCCGUAGGCGUCCUGGCGCAGCUGGCACUGCGGGUGGCACUGAAGGGCGGCCUGCGGCAGGUCAAGAGGGCACAAGGGUCAGAGGUCAAGGCUAGAAGCCAGUCAAAGCAGGAAGUGCCUGAGGAGGUGAAGGAGAAGGAGAGCGAUGAUGAGAAAGAGAACACACACACUCACGACACCACUGUGCCCUCUGCUGGACAAACCAAGCCAGUGCUGCCCACCAGUGGCUCCAUGCAGAUGUCUGACCUCUGUGCGGGUUGCCAUGGUGAUGCUUAUCAGCAUGUCUACAGUCUGUUACCACAUGUGGAGGGACACGCCCCAAGCCUGCGAUUCCUUUACGCCGUUACCAUAGCAACACUGUAUCAAUUACUGCAGCAGGCAGGGCCUCCUCCAUACUCUUGGCGAGGCGGGGACUACGGGAGUGACAGCUCUGAUGGCCAAUCAGUAUUUGAGGAUUCUGCGGCUGGAGAAUGGAGUCCAGAAUUGAGCAUGCUGGGAGCUACAGCUCUGAGACAUCUCUUACAGCUGAGGGCGAACGCCCAGGCCAUCAUUACUGAGAGAGUAUCAGAUAAGUGUGGAGCGGCGGUACAGGCCAGCCAAGAGAUCCGCGUCGCUACGGCAAUAUACCCGACUCUCAGCCUCAUGAACCACGCCUGCCGACCCAACACCAGCGUGACCUUUGACCCGGGGUACGGUGGUGGGGGCGCCCCAGAUGGGACCUCGUCCCUCACCACGUCUGCCACAGGGGUCUCCGUCACAGUCCGCGCCGCCAGGGACCUGACUGCUGGAGACGAGCUGCUGCACUGCUACGGUCCCCACUGCAGCCGGAUGAAGGUGCAGGAGCGACAGCGCCUCCUCCUGGAGCAGUACCGCUUCACCUGUCAGUGUGAGGCCUGCCUGCAGGACCUGAAGUCACCACCAGAGGGCUCUCUCACCACCACGCAUUACAAGUGUCCCAUAUGUGCCAAAGCUCUGCAGACGGGAGCUGGCGGUUAUGUGUGUGUGCGUAAGGGCUGUUCAGGGCAGCUGUCCAGCAGGGAGGCGGAGCAGACCCUGCAGGUCAUCACAGCACGGCUGGAUCAGGCUCUGGAGCUGCUGGACCUGGACAGGCCUGACGAGGCCCUCAGGCUUCUCCAGGAAGCUCUGAGUAGAGCAAAGCGCCACCUGCUGGAGACACACAAACUGCAGGGUAAACUCUCUGAUACCACUGCCAGAGCCUACGCAAGCAUGGGUAGCUGGUGUGAGGCGGCGUCCCACCUGAGCCGCAGUGUGUUGUGGGUCCGCGGGCAGUUUGGAGCGGACAGUGUGGAGGUGGGACAGCAGCUCUUCAAACUGGCACAGCUGCACUUCAACGGAGGGCAGGCUGGCCAGUCUCUCUCUGUGAUCGCCGAGGCUCAGAGGGUUCUCGUUCUCCACCGCCGUGCCCACAGUGAGGAACUACAGGAGCUCAGAGCCAUGGAGAACUGUGUUAGAGGAGCACUGUGAACACACACACACACACACACACACACACACACUACAGGAGCUCAGAGCCAUGGAGAACUGUCUGAGAGGAGCACUGUGAACAAACACACACACACACACACACACACACACCAUCAUGCCAAGAAGCACACCCAUUGUGACAGAAUUACACGCAGAAACACAGACUGAGACUGAACACAAAAUAUUGGAUGUGGAUUUGAUGUAAAUGCAAAACUAUUUGUUUACACUCGGAGCAAUCUAACAGAGUAAUGUAAUGCUUUUAGAAGUGUGUGUGUGUGUGUGUGUGUGUGUGUGUGUGUGUGUGUGUGUGUGUGUGUGUGUGUGUGUGUGUGUGUGUGUGUGUGUGUGUGUGUGUGUGUGUGUGUGUGUGUGUGUGUGUGUGUGUGUGCACUGCGUGCGUGUGUGUGUACUCUUUGACCUGCAGGGGGAACUCUCAGUUCACUAGAGGAGAGAGGAGUUUCAGUUGUUGGCACAUGAGGCACGGCACUUCACAUGACCUUACAGGCGUCCUAGUGUAAAAUACAUGUAAAUCAUUUCUAUGUGUAAAUAUACAUCAAAUAU